AUGUUAGCUACUGUUGAUAUUACUGUUAAGGCACCAAACAUGUUCACGGCAUCAAGACACGCUCAGCGCUUGGCGGGAAACUUUCUCGACGAUGUCGAUGACUUCCAGCGAGCUUCCAGGGCUGCAGAUCGACGUGCAAUGAGCCACUUUGAUGAUGCUACAACCACAACUUACUAUACAAGUCCACGACGUAGUAUGUCAGUGUCUCGGGUAGUGACAGUUCCAUCGGAAUACUAUAUCGAAGGUCCAAGAUACAGAUCCUCCAGUGUGGAUCCAAGGUAUACCUACACUACCGCAACUACCACACGACCUAUUACCAUGAUAGGUUCGAGGCAUCACGUACCUUCAUCUAAAUACUACCAAUACCAUCCACGUUACUACCAUUACGAUACGUACUAUCCAAGAUACUCUUACUACCACGAUUAUCCAGUCUAUAACACUUCGGCUUAUAAGUACUGGCCAACUGUUAUACCAUCCAACUUCAGUCACUACCUGCCGACAACAAGUUACUACACUCGCAACAAUACGUCUUCUUUCGACUACACUCUGCCAACUUCGGGUCUUCGGGCUUCUCUCCCUUCUUGGGACAUUGGCUAUAAGCCCCUAUCGCUGAAUCGUUGGUACUCAUAUAGCAACUUAGAAACCGUAGAAGUAUUUGAAUACCCACGACGAAGAUACCGUUAUGGAUCUGUACCACCAAUUUCACCCGCUGCGGCUGCUCAAUAUCGUCGGGCUGGAAGUCUUGCUCGAGUGUUUCCGCCUGUUAGAUACGUCACGGAGUACUACUCAGAUUUAACUGGAUCAGUGCCCAUCAAUUCUAAAUAUGUAAGUUAG